AAACUCUGCAUUACCGUAUCAGUCUGAACCAGAGUGUAGAGAAGAUGGAACGGCGCCAGGAGGACAAGAGGGCCAGAACAGAGGGUGGUGCCGUCACAUCAUCAGGACAGCAGGAGCCCGACCUUUGGGCCCGAACAGAGAGCAGCUGGUGGUGUUGCUGUAAUGCGUGUCAGCCCAUGAAGUCUGUAAGAGAGUGUUUUUGUUGCCACGAGUGGGACAUUUUGGAACCUCUGUUGGAAGAGUUAGAGCGAAGCAGGAAGGAAGCAGCAGAGCCGCCUGAGCCCGUGUGUGUGACCAGCCAUCCUGAUUUCAGUGCUCGUCUAAAUCCUGGCGUGUUGGGCAGGUUCUGUAGUUUUCCAAGGAUUAACUGGAAGAGGCGGCUGCUGCAGGAAGUUUCCAUGACUAAUGACCAGUACAGACUGGUGGCGUACCGUAUCACCCUGGACUGGUUUCUCAAAGGGAAAAGACUUGGCAGGGGCAAGAGAAGAGUGCUUCCCUCUUGUGUGGUGCUGGCCAUCAGGGCGAAAUAUCCCGCGACUCCCGCUACUUACUGUGGAUUCAAGGAUCGGGUCAAGGCCCAUUGCCUGCUGCAACCCUAAAAUUGAACCUGAGAACUGUUUACUAUGUUUAAAAUAUGACCUGAAUCACAGUUGGCUGCAUGUGAUCUUCUUCUUUAA